UCAUUGGUGUUCUACUACAAUCUUCCAGAAGUUUCAAAAAAUUUUCAACUUACCCUGAGUCUGCAAGAUAUGAGAUCCAUUUUUACCGGUUCAAUCAACACCUGGAAUGAUGUUCGAAUUCGUCACAAGAAUCCAGUUUGCCAAUGGGCUAAAUUUUACGUCUUUCUAACAGAUCUGCCUGUGCUUCAACGCCCCAUAAGUCUCAUUGUCAGAGAUGAUCAUUGUCAAUCGAACUUCGCUCUUUCAAGCCUACUUACUAAUUAUUCAAGUAUCUGGAAACAGACAUACGGGACGAUAACCUCUCUGAGAGGCUUAAAUGCAAGCGUUAAUAUGACUCUUUAUAGAACCGUUUCUUCUUUCGGAGAAUUCAGCCUUCUAAACUCAUUACCCUACUCUGUGACAUACUCUCUUGAUGCUAAUCCAACAUUUCCAACAAUUUCAUUUCAAUUGAGCUACGGAAAUAUUGUGAAUCCGACAGAUUAUUGUUAUAAGAGCGAAAUGUCCAACCACUACCCCUUCGCUUUUAAUCGAUAUGUGAUUAUUAAGAAAGAUCUGGACAUUGAACCUUACAAUAUCUCUCUUCAACGCAAAGAUCCCCUGCAACAGUUAAGUGCAGCCUGCAGGUUACAAGUUGAACUCUAUCGAUUCCUUGAUUGGUUAAGAGGGUCUACUCGUGCUAGAGAAAUUUUGGCUUCAUUUGGUCUUUGUCAGAUAGCUGGUAGCUAUCCUACUUCAGAUCUAAGUGAAAUGACCUGCUUAAACAAAAAUGACUUGGUGGUGUCAGCUGUGCAACUUUUCAGAGAAAAAAUGCAUUUUGAAACCGCUAAAUGGGAAGAUGGUGAUGAUAAUGAUGAACAAAAAGAUUUUAUUUUUACUUCCUGUGCAGCAAUUACUAUUCUCCUUGUUGUUUCCAUAAUCUUAAUUCGUUAUUUCCGUUCUCAUCAUCGACCAUUUUCUGAAUACCUUAUUGAUAUCGAGCAGAUGGGUUCACCGGACAGAUCAACAAGUUUAAAGAGCUCACCCGAUAUCUAUAAGAUUAAGAAUACAGCAUUUCUUGAUUAUGCCCUUGGAAUCAAUAAAGAACAUAUUGGAGGGAAUGCGCAUGCGAUUUAUAAGAAUAUCAGGAAGAGUGCUACUAAUGCCUGGGUUUAUGCAGAUGCAAUUCUUUCAACAGCCCCUGUUUAUCGAGUAUUCAAGAAUGAGGAAGUACUUCUCAAGCCAACGAAUAUUCCAACAACAUUCGAAUUCUCGGAGAAGAGAAGGGUUAUAUUGCGGAAGUACAUUGAAGCCGAUCAUGAAAAUGUCGUUCGUUUCUACGGUAUGGCAAAGUCGUCGGCAGAAAAUUAUAAACUCAAGCGAAAUGGGUUUGCAAAUCGGUGGAAAAAAAUGCGAAGAACACAGCGUGAUGGCGAUUUGAAGACCCAGGGAUAUUCUGAAUCUGACUUUGUCCUUCCCUGGAUUUACUAUGUGAUUGUUGAGCCUUGCGUUCGCGGAAGUCUCUUUGAGUUACUCCACAGUGGACAAUUUGAAAUUUCUCAACCGAUGAAACUGACUAUUGCAUCGGAUAUCGCGUCAGGAAUGGCUUAUCUACAUAGUCGAAAACUUGUGCAUGGAAAUCUAUCAAGUUUGACAUGUCUUCUAGAUAGUCGAUGGGUGAUCAAAAUAGCUCGAUGGCAAGACAUCAAAGAAUUUAUUCAAACAGAGAGCAAAGGAAGUAAAUGUAUCCUUAAGAAUACUUCUCAACGGCAUGUGAAAGUCUGUUGGGACCCAGAAUAUCUUCGAUUGGUAUGGAGGUCACCAGCCCAGUUGAAAUAUUUUAUAACAACUCAUGGGAGUAUUACUCUUUCCAUAGGACGUCGCGCCGAUCGAAUGAGGUCGACGGAACACAUCUUUUCGAAAAGAGAUCAUGCUGAGGGUCGAAAAAAUAGGACACCUGAAAAUCUGGAAAUGGGAAUUGAAGAGACAUCUGGUACUGAGCAUAAAUCGAUGGAGUGCGAUGUCUACAGUUUUGGAGUGAUUCUCACAGAGAUUUGGAACCUUGAGGUACCUUUUCAAACCCAGCUGACCACAUUUGAACAUGAAUGUCAACUUGCAGAAGCUAUUUGUAAUAAAGUGUACCAGCUUUCCACAUCGCCUAAUAUGCCUUCUAAGAUACGCGAUUUAACAGAAUCCUGCAUCGAUCACUGUGACCAAAAGAGACCAAGCUUUCGAGAUAUCCUCAAAACCAUGGCCAGCUUAGUAUCCAAAGAUCGAUCUCUGGCUCACCAUAUGCUACGAGCGGCUAUAGUGAGGCUGAAUGACCUGGACUUAACUUUGGUUCUUCGUGAACGAGGCAACACCUUGGUUAAGUCCCAACUUUGCCAUAAACUUGAUCAACUAUUUUCGCCAACUUAUAGCACAAAAUUAAUUAGCGGUAGCACACCAGUUCCGAAUUCAAUCAGUGGUUGCGUAUUACCACCCAAGAAUGCCAUUUUGGCUGUCGUCACAUUAGAUGCCUCUUUUCUACAAACUGCUGCGACUUGUGAUGAAAAUUCAGUAAGCAAAUUGUGUUAG